AAGGACGGUGGGGCUGGCGCUCUGGCGGUUCGGAGUCCUCCCCGAGCGCCUCCCGCUCGCCGGGACGCUGCCGAGCGCGAAGACAUGAGCGACUCUGCGGGAGAGCCCACUCGGCUCCGGCGCUACCCUGAGCUCCCGGUGUGGGUGGUGGAGGAUCAUCAGGAGGUUCUGCCUUUUAUAUAUCGGGCCAUCGGCUCAAAGCAUCUUCCUGCCAGUAAUAUAAGUUUUGUGCAUUUUGAUUCGCAUCCAGACCUCCUUAUUCCUGUGAAUAUGCCAGCAGACACUGUGUUUGAUAAGGAAACACUUUUCGGAGAAUUAAGUAUUGAGAAUUGGAUUAUGCCUGCAGUUUAUGCUGGCCAUUUUUCUCAUGUAAUAUGGCUUCAUCCCAUAUGGGCUCAGCAAAUCAGAGAGGGCAAACAUCACUUUUUAGUAGGCAAAGACACUUCCACCACAACAAUCAGGGUUACAAGUACAGAUCAUUACUUCCUAAGUGACGGUCUUUAUGUAACUGAAGACCAGCUAGAGAACCAAAAACCUUUACAAUUGGAUGUAAUUAUGGUAAAACCUUAUAAACUCAGUAACAAUCAAGAAGAAAAUAAUGCAGUGUCUUCUGCUAAGAAGCCAAAGCUAGCAGUGGAAGACACGGAAAGCACUGCCUCUACUAACUGUGACUCUUAUUCGGAAGGACUGGAAAAGGAUACAGUGACACAGAGAAGGAGCCAGACUUGCCUAGAACCAUCAUGUUCAUGUUCUUCUGAAAGCCAGGAAUGCCAGACUACAGUCAGCACUGGGGAAAUUCUGGAAAUUUUGAAGAAAGGGGAUGCAUUUGUUUUAGAUAUUGACUUAGAUUUUUUUUCAGUCAAGAAUCCCUUCAAAGAAAUGUUCACUCAGGAGGAGUACAAAAUCUUGCAAGAGCUGUACCGGUUUAUAAAGCCCGGAACCAACCUGACAGAGGAAGAUUUGGUAGAUUGUGUUGAUGCUCGAAUUCAUCAAUUAGAAGAUUUAGAAGCUGCUUUUGCUGACUUUUGUGAUCGUGAUGAUGAAGAAACUGUACAGAAAUGGGCUUCAAACCCUGGAAUGGAAUCACUAGUUCCACUUGUACAGAGUUUGAAAAAACGGAUGGAAGUACCAGACUAUGAAAUGGUUCACCAGGCUGGUCUAACCUGUGAUUAUUCAGAACUUCCUCACCAUAUCAGCACAGCACAGGAAAUUGAGUAUCUUAUUCAGUCUGUAUAUUACUUACUGAAAAAUUUACCAAAACCUACUCUUGUGACGAUUGCAAGGUCAAGUCUGGAUGAUUACUGUCCUUCUGAGCAAGUUGACACCAUUCAAGAAAAAGUCCUGGAUGUGCUACGCUCUCUCUACGGGACUCUAGACCUUCACCUGGUGUAUUCCGCAGAGUCUUCUCCAUCUUAGAACAACGAAACACUGGGCUCCUGUUACAUCUCGAUGCAGUAACAGGGUUUCUGUUAACUUAUUUGUAAAUGAGUCUUCCAGAGAACACUUUGUAUAUUAGUUUUCAGUUGAAAUCUUUCAGAAAUUUUGAAUCUCCAAACAGAUAGCGUCAGUUGUUGAAUGAUGGCAGUUUUUUUGGCAUCAAGUCUGCCCCCAGUUGAUGGAACUGUUACAUAUCUACCUUUCCAUCAUUGUUUUCUUCACUUUCAUGAGGGUUUUUUUUUCCCCUCUUUUCCUCUUUUCCCCCUACGUCAGUUGGACUGUAUGGGAUUCAUUCACUUCAUUCACUCAUUCACUCAACCAGCUGACAUUUAUUGAGCACUUACAUGUGCCAGAUAUAAUUACGUUCUGGUUGUGUGGUGAUGAACAGAAUAGACGAGGCCCCUGCCCUCUUGGGGGACAACUGAGAAAUAAAUUGUGGGUUGUGAGAAGUGGUAUGAAGGAAAAGGACAACCACAAACGUGUCUUUGGCAUGCUCUUAGUACUCAGGGCACCUUGGCCUCUCAGGAAAGUAACAUUCUCAAAAGCUGCUACCAAAAAAAAUAAGCAAACUUGCCAGUCCAUGAAAUGUUGCAGGAAGUCGGUCUUUCCAGGACUGUUGGGAUGGUGGCCCAGCUCUGGCCGAAUGCUCUCAGCAUGGCUGAUAUUGAGGAGGUCUAUUUGAGCAAACUCAACCAAACAAAAGUUAACUUUUCUUUGCUAAUCAGAAAAGCCCUUCAGGGUUUUUUGUGCCUCCAGAUGGUAAGUGUGGGCAUCAAUUAUUGUUAUAGCUCCUAAGUGCCACUUUAUUGGCAGUCUGGGUUGAUAAUUUUUUUCAAAUAAACCAGCUUUUUAUGUAAAUAGUAGG